GAAAAAGAGAGUUCACGAGGAUGUGUAGUGGUAUCAUCAUGAAUAGACUGAAUUGAUCGACGUUCACACUGCAGAUGCAUCUAUAUAGCAUGCUCUGGUCAAAGGCCGUUGUCAACCGGCCACCUGCGGCCCAGAAUCCACACCAACCCUCGAAUGUCUGGGGGAGACACCGGCUUCUUCAACGGUAAAGCUACCAGUGACACAGCAGUGGCUAUCACGCGAAGUCAGCCACAACCCUGCGAAACUGACUCACGCUAAGUCAAUAAUUUCUUGGUCAAGAGCAGCUUCCAGAUGCAGAGAGCUAGAGCUCGGUUACAUGAGCUGGACCCUGGAAUGACUGAGGUACUGCUUUGUGCAUAUAAAGACAGCUGAAGCGCCUGCUGUGCUUCCAUUUGUUGUUACUCACCCUCUCCUCCACCCCAACACACCCGUCACCUCAACCAUCAAGAUGCUGGCCUUCAAGACUCUUCUCAGCCUGGCUACUGUCCAGGCUGUCUCUGCCCACUUCGGUCUCGUCUUCCCUCCUUGGCGUGCGGACACCCUCAGUGAGGAGGGCGAGGAGCGCUACAACCAGUGGGAGCAACCCUGUGCUCGUGUUGACUUCAACAAGAAGAACCUCACUGACUGGCCCCUCGACGGUGGUGCUCUCACCCUUGAUCUUCACCACGAAUGGUCCUACGUCUUCGUCAACCUCGGCCUCGGCGAGAACUCCACCAACUUCAACAUCUCCCUUACCCCAGAGUUCCUCAACGCCACAAACUCGGGCACUCUCUUCAUUGACAAGCUUGAGCUUCCCUCAGAUGUCAAGCCCAAGGACGGAGACAUCGCUAGUAUUCAGGUUGUUACCGUUGGUGACACUGGCAAUGCCCUGUACAACUGUGCCGAUAUUCGCUUCAAGGAGAAUGCCAAGGGUCCCAGCAACAAAACUGGCGAUGUGGACUACGUCAAGAUCAAGCAGCAGAAGGGCAACGGAACUGAGGAAGAUAGCUCUUCCAACUCUACAUCUUCUGGAGACAGCAAGGACAACGCCGCUGGCACAAUGGGUGUGAGCACGGUGGUUAUGACCUCUGUCGUGGGUCUUACUGCCGCUUUUGUGAUGGGCUUGGGCCUCUAGAUGGAUGACCUUAUGAGACAUGGUUGCUUCAAUGUGUAAUCAGUAGUCAUGAUAGAACAUUCACGGCCUUCCAAAAAUUAUGAUUGUUUAUGCGCGGAACAAAAUAUUCCAUUGACGUUGCCAACCUGCAGUAUAGGCUGGCUGCUGGGAGCCUUUUAUUGUUGAUCCACUGGAACCCUAAAGAUGCUUCCAGACCCGUAUAUGAUGACUUGCAUGAUUGAAGAAAAGGAAAAUGAACAUGCAGAUGGUAUAAUAUAUAGAAACAAGAGUUACAUUAAAACGUAAAGAAUAAUAACUGGGUAUAUCCAAUCUGGGUUGGUCAGCUUGGUCAAACCAGGGGCAUAGUUUGUUUACUCACCAUCGCACUCAUAUAAAUUCAGCAUGUAACGCUGAAACACCAAACUCCAGUCCUGAAAUCAGAAAACAAAAGACAGAUAAUGACCAGUUGAUUAUUCUUGUG